AUGACCACGCCGUGUUCGCGCACUGCGCAGCAAGCCUUCCAGCAAGCCAGCAGCCAGCAGCAGCAGCAAGCCCAAGCAGUCAGUCGUCAGUCCGCCUGCCAGUUUGUUUCCAGUCGCCGGCUUGGGCCUUCGGUUGUUCGGUUGAACCGUGACCGUUCUGGGUGCUGUCAGAGUGCAAGUACCCGCCGCCGGACGUGCUCGUCGGCCAGUGUGUUGAUUCUGAUUCAUCGCGGACACUCAUCGUCGCCCAGCUUGGACAUGUCGGCGUUCGUGGGCUGCCUCGUGGCGGUGCUGGCCUGCAGCAGCCUCGCGCAGGCUGCCGAUCCUGUCCCCGUGACUGUGUACUACGAGUCCUUGUGCCCGGACAGCAUUAAAUUUUACAUCAACCAACUGUACCCAACUAUGGAGAAUGCCAAUUUGUCAAUGAAUGUUGAAUUGCAAUUGGUGCCCUACGGUAAAUCAACUCAAGAGAAGCUUGAAAAUGGUACCUGGGCCUUCCAAUGUCACCAUGGUGAACGAGAAUGCUAUGGUAACAAAGUGCAAGCCUGUGCUUUGAACUUGUUGACCAGCAAGAAUGAGCGACUCCAGUACCUCAACUGUCUGUUGAAAACCAUGCUUGACAACAGGGGUGCUGUGUAUCCUACUAAUGAGUGUGCGAACCAGAUUAAUAUUGCAGAGAAAGCUGAUAUUAUUGAUUGUGCUAAUAGCACCAAGGGAGAUGAACUUUUAGCAGCAAUGGGAAACAAGACUCAAUUGUUCAUGGCCAAGUUAACCAGCGUACCAACAGUUGUGUUCAACAAUAAAUUUGAUGCCAAUGACCAAAAGCAAGCUCAGACCAACUUCAAGGGAGUUCUGUGCAAGUACAUCUCGGAUCCUAAGCCAGCGGAGUGUGCAGGAACAAGCGGAGCUGCUUCCAUCAGCACUUCAUUAUUUGUCAUUUUUGCUACCAUUUCACUUUUCUUCAGUCAGUACUUCUAAACUUAAAUUUUUUUUAAAUACCCUGUAAUAAAUUUAACUGUCCUCCUUGUCAACACAAAGGCAACACUCUCAAAAUGGAUCAUUCAGUCAAGAUCUGUAAAUAAUGUAAAGAUUUGUGCGAUGUUAGGCCCACCAGUAAAUUGAUAUACUGUA